AUGUGGCAGGGUCGGGCAAUGGUUGAGGAGCUCAUUGAUGCAUGGCAUCAGCAGGAUGACCUUUGUGCACUCGUAGUCACUCCACCAUGGUUAAGUUUGCAGCUGCCCCGAUUCAAUGCUGACACAGGGGAGAAGACUCAGCAGCCUUACAUUGUGCCAGGCAUGCUGCGUCUACCAGUUUUUGCAGAAGCCGACACGCAGGCAGUAGCAUGGUGCAACUAUGAAGUCCACUCCAUCAUUAGACACCAUGGACCCACUUUCCGCGCAGGCCACUACACGGUGCUUGUGAGGGGCGAUACAGACUUUCUGCUGGAUGAUGACCAACAGCCAAAAAGCGCACCAUUCCGAGCAGCUCGCAUCAUGGACUGGACGGCUCCGGUGGCCGCUACCGAGAGAGAGCGUUGGCUGUCACGCCAGCUUUACCUUCUGGAAAUCUGGAUAAAGCAGCUGGUGAAAGACAAUGAUGCAUUGCAGGAGAGAAUGGACACGCUCGACAGGCGCAUGAGCUACAUUAUGCUCCGCUUACCAGUGGGCAUUACAGCUGGGGGCAGGAACAAAGCUGUUCCCGAACGCUUGCCCAUCGCUCUGGAUACCCUGGAUGAUUGA